CCGUGUUGCGGCGCGUUGCGAAUUUCACGUUAUGGCGCUAUCGCGUGCUGUUUGAGGAGAACGUCUCGUUACUUUUAUGUGUAUUUUGCGUUUACUGUAAUGGGAAGUGCUUGGGCUUAAUACUGUCUGUGCGUAAAACCAGAGGAGCGGACGUCGUAGCACCUUUUUGGAAAUAAAAUUGUCAACAAAAUUUGAGCCCGGCCUCGCGAUGGAGGUGACGCCCGUGCUGAGGGACUCCCGGUCCCUGCGGCCCUUCAAGUCCAGCGAGGAGUACCUGUACGCCAUGAAGGAGGACCUCGCCGAGUGGCUGCAGACGCUCUACCCGGAGCUCUGCAUCAGCGUGCACAACUUCAUGGACCGGCUCGACACUGGCGUCGCACUCUGCAAGCACGCCAACAACGUGCGCACGGCGGCCGAGGAGUACAUGGCUCGGCGGCUGGCGCGCCGCUCGGCCAGCAGCGCCAGCCUGAUGAGCGCGUCGCUGUCCGCCACCGGCUCCAUAGCGAGGCCCGUCAUCGAGGCCGGCGCCGUCCACUUCCUGCCCGCCGCCCAGCCGGGGACCUUCUUCGCGCGCGACAACGUCUCCAACUUCAUCCGCUGGUGCCGGCACGCGCUCGGCGUCUUCGAGUGCCUGCUCUUCGAGACCGACGACCUCAUCCUGCGCAAGAACGAGCGCAACGUCAUCCUCUGCCUGCUCGACGUCGCGCGCCGCGGCGCCAAGUUCGGCAUGGCGGCGCCGAUGCUGGUGCGCUUCGAGCGCGAGAUCGACCGCGAGAUGGCGGCCGAGCAGCGGGCGCUGCAGCGCGCCAGCAGCGUCGCCACCGAGAGCGCCGACAGCGACGACGACGACGACGACUUCGACGCGCCCGUCGGGCCCGUGCCGCAGAUCGUCACCAACGACCUCAAGAGCCUCGACGAAAUGGUGCGGGACUUGGUGGAGCGGUGUUCGUGUCCCGUACAGUUCCCAAUGAUACGCGUCUCUGAAGGAAAGUACCGCAUUGGUGACACCAAGGUGCUAAUCUUCGUCAGGGUGCUGCGCAGCCACGUGAUGGUCCGCGUGGGCGGUGGCUGGGACACGCUGUCCCACUACCUGGACAAGCACGACCCCUGCCGCUGCAAGACUGCUCAUCGGUCUCCUCUGUCGGCGAAACUGAUCCUCAAGCAGACGGGAGCAAUCGAGUUGAACAACGCACUGGUCCACUAUGAAAGGUCGCCGCCGCGCACGCGCCGCUCCUCGGCGUCGAGCGUGGGCAGCGGCGGGCCGCCGAGCGCCGCAGUGCCGCCGCCGCCCCCGCCGCCCCCGCAGCCGCAGCCGCUGUCGCCCGGCGGCGGGGGCGGCACGGGCCUGCGCUCGCGCUCGCCCACGCCCCGCCGGUCGCUGGCUGCGCCGCGGCCCGCCGCCGGGCGCUCGCGCUCCAGGUCGCCCACCCCCGGCGGCGCCAAGCCGCACGCGCUCGCCCCUGGAGCUGGAGCUGGAGGCGGCUCCGGGCCGCAGCGCAGCAGGGACGCCAGCCCCGGCAAGCCGCUGCAGCGCAAGGACAGGGACCCCAGCCCCGCGGUGGCGCCGGCGCCGGCUUCCGCCCCCGCCCCCGCCACCGCCUCCACAGCCGCCGACGCCCACAACGACUCGGGCUCCGAGGUGUCGGACGAGGGCUACCGCAGUCUGGGCACCGUGGCCGCCGCCAGCUCUCCGCCCGCCCAGGGCGUCGACGACGGCGUCGUCGGGGUCAAGGCGGUCGCCGAAGACUCGGAGGUCGCCGCGGACGAGUGCAAGGACGGCGGCGUCGCGCCCGACGCGCAAGCCUCAGAGUCCCCUCAGCAGCAGCAGCAGCAGCAGCAGCAGGUAGCAGCGGCGCCCAUGACUCGCAGCCGGUCGACGUGCGGCGCCGUGGAGUGCGGCUUCAGCGACGCCCCCGCCGAGCUCCGGUCGUCGGUGCAGCGGCGCAGCCUGGGCGCCUACGGCGGCGGCCGCCCGCACCACAGCAACAACAACUACCAGCACGCCAGCGCCCCCUGCAGCCCCCGCAGGCAGCCGCCCCACGCCGCCGCCGCCGCUGGGGGCGGCAAGGGCUCCCUGCCCGCCUCCCUGUCCGGCUCCCCCACCAAGAUAUCGCCGCUCAUCGAACAGGUGCUGUCCGUGAAGGAGCUGGACAACGACGUCACGGUGCUGAACAAGAUGCGCCAGAUCAUCCGGCAGUACGCCGACCUGGUGGGCGACGCCGCCGACGCCGACGUGGACGCCGGCGCCGCGCGGCCGCCCUCCGAGGAGCUGGACCUGACGUCGGCGUGGGUGCACGGCAACGGCAGCCUCCCGCGCCGCGCCGCCUCCGUGUGCGGGGGCGACCUGGGGGCGGCCGUGGGGCCCAGCCCGCGCAAGGACUCCAAGGGCAGCCGCAUCCCGGCGCCGCUGCCGCUCCAGCUGCCGCUGCCGCUCGUCUCCUACGGCAGCCGCCAGCUCGACAGCUGACUGCCGACGGACGUGCUCCGCCGCGGCGCCAGCGCCAAGGCCGCGCGCUGAUGGAGGCGACGCCAGACCAGGCCGUGUUCCCCCGUCCCCCGUACCCCGUGUCCAGUCCUGUCCCCUCCCAGCUCUCUUCUGCCACACUGCCGAGGGUGCUACAACAGCUCGUACAUACACCAACUCUUGCCACUGUAAUCUGUUCGUCGUGUCACUCGGAACUCGACAUGUGUUGUUAUUCGUCCACAUAUGUUGCUGCAGAAGCUAAACCACUCUCCGUCGACUACACAGUUAUUCACUCGUACCUCUAAGGCUUCAGAAGAUGAGUACACUACAAGACGUACAGAAAAUAGCCGCAUAUCAGUGGAAAGAGGGCGUUCGUCAGCUUCAUUACACGAACUGAGUAUGUGCGACAUUUAUGACGCCAAUAACACCAGUACCUGCGUACAAUUCGUUGAAGUUACUGGUGCCGCUGUCUGGGAAGGCGUAACAACUUCAUCCCGCUCUGGAAAUAUGCUCUCUGGGUUGCCUAUCUGCGCCCGCGUCAGUGUGACCGGAUGAUUUGCCUGCAUGUUCCGGCGUGUCUGACCCCUGGUGGUGCAACUGGCAACUACUCCACAGAGUGUGGUACGAAUCGAAACGUUUUUAGACGCUCUAUCCUCUGGUACGUGUCAAGUUUCUGGUUGUACUGCAGUUUUUGUCCACUCGUGUUCUGAAACCGUGGAGGUACUUUGGGAUAAAGCUACAUAACACCAGGUCCACGUUGUGGCCCCGCUGUCCAUAAUUCACCAUUCGUGUGUCUGACUAGACCUGCAGCUGUGCUGCCCUCUCCACCUCUCCACCAGUCAGUGCGACCUGCGAAUGAUAUGGACUAGUCUGCAUCGACGUAUCCUGACAGUCGUGGAACAAAUUACACUAGCACUUCAGUACGAAACUUCCUGGAAGAAGUAAAGCUGUGAGGACGGGGCGUGGGUCGUGCUUGGGUAGCUCAGAUGGUAGAGCACUUGCCCGCAAAAGGCAAAGGUCCCGAGUUCGAGUCUCGGCCUGGCACACAGUUUUAAUCUGCCAGUAAGUUUAGUAUCAGUACACACUCCGCUGCAGAGUGAAAAUCUCAUUCUGGCAUUCAGUACAAUUAAGAAAGACGAAUUGUCUUUUACUCCCCAUUUUAUGACGAUUUUCCACAUUUUCCCGUUUCGACAACAUAUAUGAAUGACAAUACUACAUGCAUACCUCCAGUGGGACUCAAAGUGACUGCCGAGUGAGAUUUUAAAUGAGAACCGCAUAGGCUGGACAUUCCACACAGUCAUUCUCAAACACAAAGUAGACUUCCAGUGCUUCAGCAUCCCUUACUCUACGAUUCCUGCUAGAAUAACAAAAUUCCCAAUACAAAAGUAUGCUCUGUUUACAAUGGCGUUAAAAUGGCCAGUGGAUUUCAGUGCAGGUGACAAGAUACCGCUGAGUGUGCUUUCGUUUACCCUGGGGUUCAACGUAUGACAAACACAGCACAGCGAAAAAAACGUUUCCAGUGAAGUUAGCACUAACACUUUCCCUCUGUCCAGUAAAGCCACUUCCUGUAGCUGACAUAGUAAUGGUGAGAUUUUUGAGGGUGGGUGGAUGACAGAUAAAUUCCAUUCCAAAACAUGGUUGACACUUUCUGACUCGUCACAGUACCAAGCACACAGUCCAAGAAGAGUCUCGGGGAGGCAGCUGAUGACAGUGGCACAAUUGACAGAAACUGAAUGAAGUCAACUCGUGCUGUCUGCUUCCUAGUUGUUAGCAGCUGAAGAUAGCGGCCACCACUGGAUUUAAUAUGCCUGCAUAUCUGCAAUUAGAGUUAAAAGCCGCUAAAAAAUUUUAUGUAACUGACUGUGAAAAUGUCCUAUUUAUAGAAUGGUACAUUCAACACAGAACUGAUGAAUAGCUGAAGUUUGUAGCAGAUACUGCUUGAUUUAUUCCGUUUGUUUAGAUUUAGCUGCUCUGGUUAGUGCCCUCCAUAGAAAUCUUUCAUAUUGUGACCAUACAGUAUCUUCUGUGUGCUUAUGGGCUCCUAGCUGCGCCAUAUCGCUCAGCAGUAAUCUGUUGAACUGAUAAUCCCACACAGUUUAAAACUCACUUAUAACUAGCAAUUCUAGUGUGCUGCAUUAAACUAUUUAAGAUUGUGCAUACUACUGUCUUCAUCACAUGGUUAAGAUCCACUGCAGCAUCUGAUAUGUCACACAAAUUGCAGGAAGGCACAGUUGUUGUGAACCCAAAGACUGGUGUUAACACCACAGUAUUUUGCUAAGUGUGUGUAUCAGAAAUAACAUACGUUUUGCCCUGACCUAUAAAGCUGAUUACCAGUCACUUUUAUAAUGUUAGUAAGUAUACACUCUGCCUCUCUUUACAAGAGCUGUAUUGAGUACUUGUCCAAAGAGACAAAGUUUGAGAAACACAAAUUUCUGUUAAAAUAAACACAAUUCUCUGUAAGUCAUUUUCUUUUUAUGAAGACAAUCGGUAAUUAGAACUAGCAUCUUAAUAUGUUGCAUCAUAAUUAUUAUUCAGAGUGAGUAGAAAAUAAACACUCAUAAAUGCAGUUGCGCCAGUUGAUAUAUAUUUUGCAUUAUAGUGAAGACUUACUCCCAAUUUUGUUUUAUAGUCCAUAUCUCAUUCUGUUCAUGGUCUUCAUAUUUAUAUUGUCUUGUGUAGUACUUCAUAGUACAGAGUGGAUUAUCAAGAAAGUUAGGGAUUUUGUAAAACUUGGAUAAAUUAUUGAUCUAUUUGUAAGCAACAGAUCUGAAAUGUAGUUAGCAGCAGAAAGGAAUCUACCAGCUGUUUGUAGCACUCUACAGCCAUUUUCCAACUGAAAUUUGUCUAAUAUUACCAAAACCUGCACUCCCGUGUGGCAUGAGGAGAAUUAACUAAAGACUGUAAUGUGGGUGUGGCAGUGAUACAAGACAGUAAAAGAGAACGAUGUAUCGUUAAAUCAUAUCUGAGUGUGUUGGUAAACCAUAGUGCUCCAUCACUUCUUAGCAUAGGAAAGCGGGGGAAAUGCAGAAAGCCAGUUCCUGUCCCUCCCAUGUCAUAUCUAUCACUCUGGAACUGUGAAUCUCAGUGAUGCUUUGCCCUGGCCAUAUCUCCUCGAUGAGCACCAGAUGCAAAAUUUAUCACAAGUAAUUUUCAUCGCUAACCUCCUAAUGAUAUGCAGUUGUUUUUAUAUUACAUGCUAUAAUUCUUACUGUAAUCUCUAAGACUUACAAACAUUUUUUAGUUUGCUUACUGCUACUCAUUGUAAAUACUGUAACAGCUACACUGGAGUUUCACUAAAAAAUAUGAUUUUCCACUUAAGAAAACAAUACAAGACACAGAAAUAUUUCUACAUGCAAUGCAAAUAUGUAACUUAAUUCCCUUGCAUGGUUGAUAUACUUGGUGCUAGCUGUGUCAUUAGUUAUAAAUAGGGGCUCGUGAAUACAAAGAAUGUAUACCACUUCUCUACAUUCUCUAUGAAAAAAUAAUAGCUUUUGAAGAAAACCUUGGUCUUCAGCCCUAGACCAUCUGUAUACUUGAAGUGAAAUGUAAAAUUUGCAUUAAAUGCUUUCUACUGAUACACUUUCGUAUCUGUAUAACUCACAAGUUAGUUAAGUUUUAAUGCUGUUAGUUAUUCAUAGAUUUGUAUUUACUCAGUAGUCCCUGCAUUUGUACCUGUGUGGUGAUUAAGCAUCACAUAGUAAUAUUUACCUCAUGGAAUUCUUCCAUUGAGGCAGACUCCAGAUGUGCGUUGAGUGGGAAAACAUGGAAGUGUACGGAACUUAGUUCCUUGUUUUGCAAUUAUGGUGCACGCUCGUAUGUUUAAUCGUGUUAUUUUGCAGAUCGUUGUAAUACAACUAAUUUUAUUAACAGUUAGAUUUAUGAAUAGAUUUAUGCCAACUUUUUAUUGUUACCUGAUUAACAGUCACAACUCUGAAAUAAUGCCUUUUAAUGAUUGUUUCGCAGAGUUGUAACUUUGGUUCUUCACCUUGCCAUUGCUUGUACAACCUCAUCAGAAUUUUCAAGAAACUUUGAAACUUCUUGUUGUUGUUAUGUGUGAAAUAGAAAUGUAUGUCAGUCAUUUACAAAGAAAAUGUUUAUAUAAUACAUGUUCCUUCAUCUUUUAUUAUGUUUUGUGACUCAUUCUUGUAUUGUUACGCUCUUAUAUGUAUCUGGGUAUUUUGUAUGUCCAGUUUUUAUGUGGAAGAUAUGAAGGGCAGAGAAACGUUUUUAUAAAUUUAAAAUGUUUUUAAUAUAUGUGUUAAAAUGUCUCAUGUAGAUAGAUGAUAAGUGUUAAUGUUUUUAAACUGACAUUCAAAAGACAAAACCUGAAACACUCUGUCUGUCUCUCUCUCUCUCUCUCUCUCUCUCUCUCUGUGUGUGUCUCUCUCUCUCUCACACACACACACACAAACAAACACACACACACACACAUGCCACCAGGACUUAUUGAAAUGUAGGGAAAGUGGGCGCUGAAUGGCUUCAUUUUUGUAUGAAGUGAUGUUCAUGAUGAACUGCAAGCUAUGUAGAAGGAUGCUGGUGAUUGUUACAUGUACUCUUCCAGUAAUAUGAGAUGUUUCAUAACACUUCUAGAAGGCAAUUUCCAUUGUACUAUUGUGGUACAGACUUUUAUACCUUUUACCAUAAUAUCAAUCAAUUUUUGAUCCAUUUAACAUCAGGAUAGGAUGCCUUAUCUUGUACUUGCCAAAAUUAAUGUUUUUAAAACUACUCUAAUAUACAGUCUAAGUCUUUACAGAAUUUCUUAUGCAAAAGUGUCAGUUGAAUAAACAAUAUGUUCUCAGAGCAUUGAAAUUUUGCUUGUUUUGUUCAGUUGUGAUUAAUCUGAUUCUUAUGUGUUGUUGCAUAACACCCAAAGUGAAAGACAAGCUUCAUUUACUGAAUGAGAAAAGAUAACAAAAUUGAAAUUAAACCUUAAGCUGCAUUCUGCAUAUUAGAUGCGGCUAAUGUAAAAUGACUGAUGUUCUGUGCCUAGAUUUAUACUAAACAAGAAUUAUCAAAAUAUAUGGUUUUGUAUAAGAGACCUCUUCCUUUUAAAGAAACAGAGCUCCCAAUUUUAGUCCUAUGUGGAUGGAAUGCUCAAGGAUUUGUAUCAAUUAAAAUGACCCAUUAUAUUUCUAGGCCAAUAUUUUGUAGUUUCAUAAACUUAUUACAUUUGUGAGACAAUGUAUUUUAACAAAAAUAUCUUAUCUUAAAAACAAAGUGUAACAGGUGCCUAAGUUUACAGUCAUAAGCAACUGAAUAUAUAUGUGUAAGAAAGAGUCAACUGAUAGAAAAUGGAAUUGCAUCACAUCUAAUGUAAGGCUGGGAGAAUCUACCAGUUUGCUGAUUGUAAUAAAUAUAUUUUCUUUGAGCUUCCUUAUUAGUAUGGUUUUUGCAAAAAUCAACUGAUUUCCCAGCUUUCCAGUGGCCAGGAAAUGUGGCCAUGUUUCUAUAACCUUAGUUUUGCAGAACAGAUAUUGAAAGUUGUAUAUUUUUGUAUUUAUUAUAUUUUAUUAUAUUAUGCAGUUAAUAUGUCUUGGUCAAAUGUGCAAAGAAAUAACCAGGUAACUAUUACUUUUUGUGUUAUAUACUGUACCAUGCAUUUGCCACGAAAAUAUGUUAAUAAAUAUGCUUUAGUUAACGGAA